AUGUUUUCCACUGUUGAAAACUUAACAUUUCCCGGCGUCUUCCACAACUUUUAUGACAACUUCGAGGAUAGUCUGAAGCCAGUUGGCCAAGUGAAGUCUUUCUUGAAAGUUGUCUCUUUUUUAUCAUGUACCUCCACAUUCAUCACAGUAUUGAUAGUCUGGAAUGCAAGCGGGCGGCUUAAAAUAGAAUAUCGAAAUAUACUACUUGCUCAGUUGAUAUUGGCAUUCUGCGGGUGUUUUCUGAUUAGUUUGAUUUCUCCAAGUUUCCUACUACCGUAUCCAAUGAUCUACCUAUCCGGACCAUUUGCUAUCAACUAUCGGUUUACAUUAUACCUAUCCUCCCUGGUCGUCUUACUGUACUUCUUCCCCACAAUGCUUCUACUAUCCUUUGGUCUUAUCUACAAUUUUAUGUCGCUCAAACAAAUCGCCUCUGCUUGGUUCCAUAUCUCCGUCGAGCGAUUUCUAAAAUGUCUUAUUGCCCUUGUCACUCUUAUUCUAUUCUCAGGAAAUUGUUUUCUGAUAUCUCAAGUAUCAGGAAGCCAGAUGGCAAUGCAGAAGGAGAUAGUGGAUACUGUAGACGAAAGAUGUGAAAAGUUAUUCGAGAAACACGCGAUUUUUGUAUUUGAUAUCUACAGUAUUCCUAUAAAACUAGCGUCACUGGAAGCACUGAUGUUAUCUUUUCUUUCAGUAGUUUUCUGUAUCAUUUUGACGGCUUUAUCAUGCAAACAUUUCGAGCGUCAAAAGUCGAAUAUGUCACAAGCGACUGCUAAAAAUCACCGAAUGAUGAUGUACAUGCUAGUCUCCUACGUGGCACAUUUUUUGAUCUACUUCUCAUUUCCACUCGCUGCAUUCACAAUGGCAAUUCAUGAAGUCAAACCUUUUUUGUAA